AGCUUUAAAGUCGACACCCAUUUUAAAAUGCCUGCUUUAAGAAGAAGAUUGUGUUUUCGUCAGUUGCGACAUAAUGUCUUAGUGUUGGUUUUAACUCUUCUUAGUGUGAUUUACAUAUAUGUGUAUACAGUAUAUCAGUAUCGCGUUCCCCAUGGUGCUGCUCAACAACCGUCGCCACCCAAAAAAUGCAUUAACGAAUUCCGUUACCAACAGCCGGAAGUUACCGAAGAUUUUCCGACAGUUUCCAAAGGCAAGCCGAAAAUUCCACACAUUCUUCACCAGACGUAUAGGGACCAUCUAAUACCCGUUCAAUUUGCCGACUAUGUUCGGUCAUUUGUGGACAAUCACCCGACAUGGAAGUAUUAUUUCUGGACAGACGAAUCCGGUCGUAAACUUUUGGCAGAGCGACAUCCUCAUUUGUUGAGUACCUGGGACGGUUAUGUGGAAAAUAUAAAAAGGUCCGACAUGCUACGAUAUUUAGUGUUGUAUGAGUUUGGCGGUGUUUAUGCCGACCUUGACAUGGAAUCCCUACGACCCCUUGAUCGAGCUACAAUGAAAUAUGGCUGCGUUAUUCCGGUGGAACCAUUUGAACACUCGGUUUUGUUGUUUGGGAUGCCAUACAUGAUUAACAAUGCAAUCAUGAUGUGCAGGCCUAAGCAUCCUUUUUUCAAGCAAGUGCUUUAUGGUUUACAACAGCCACCUAAUAAAACGUUUAUAGAUUCCGCGGAUAGCGUUAUGAAAACAACCGGCCCCAUAUUUCUAACAGGAGAAUUUAACAAAUAUAUGGGAAUAGAAACUAUGACUACUGAGAAAAAUAAGACACACUGGAGUGGCAACUCUCCGUUCUUUUACAGAGGAGAACUGCUUGAAACAGACAACAAUGGCGUGUAUGUGCCGAACACACGCUACUUCACGGAUGAAUUAGAUAUUACUCUCAAAGCAAUGUUUGAGUCAAUGUGUAAAGAUACUUAUUCAGAUUGCAACAACGAAAUGAAACGUAACGCAUGUUUUGAAUUAAACGAGCAAGGGUUUUUACGGAAGUCCACCCGUUUCAGAUUUAUACGCCACAAUUGGCACCAUACAUGGAGCCGUGGAAACAAAGGCGUCUUUAUCAAAGAUGAAUUUGUACAUCUGGAAACACUAGCCCCAAAUAAUAUUAUUUAUCAAAAAUGAACUAUAUAAAAAAAAUAUAUUACCAAUGUUUUUUCCGCAAGUGAAAUGAAGUUUAUUGUUAAUAAAUAAUGAAAUUUGUUCAGACUGUAGAUUACGUGAGCACAUGUAGUCAAUAAACAUACAUUUUCUUUCAGUUUAUAUAUAUCACAGUUUUUGUAGGAGUGGGGGGGAUAUAAUUGUCCAAGUUAAGUUCUUUUUAUAUAAUACGCAUUCAAUAAAAAAAUCUUCCAUUACGACACAUAAUUACCCCAAUUAUGCGUAUAUACGAUUGUAUUGUCAAUGCUUUCUUUUUUCAAUCUUUAAGCAAAACUUUAAUAUGACAUAGGACAAUUAAAUAUAUUAAAACACUGGCACCAUAAAUCGUAUGUUGUGUACUUGAAAUUAUAUCAAUAACGAUCAAGUUAUUCUAAGCUCUC